GUGAUAAGCACUCGCAAAUGAAAUUCAAUACAAAAACCUUAAAACGUUUUUAAUUUUUAUACAUUUGAACUCUAUUUCAAUUUUUAAUUAUCAAUCCGUUUGUAAUGGGUUAUUUAAAGGGAUGGAAAUAUGUUGCUUUUAUUUCGGCAUUUGUUGGCUCAAUAGGAUUAGCGACUUAUCCUAUCAUUAUACGACCUAUGACACAUGUUGAGGAAUAUAAAAAAGCUCAAGAAAUUAAUCGGGCUAGUUUAGAUCAAUCAAGACUUCAAUCGACAAGUAUGAAUAAAUGGACUGAUCCCUUUGAAAAAAAGGAGUAAUUCUACUAUCCCAGAACAGUACAACUCGCAAUGUUUUCAAUUGAGGUACAAUUCGAGGACUGUUGAACUGAACAAUGUUCAAUCAGAUAUUUACGCAUGUGUCUUUUUACACAUACUUUUAAAUGUUUAUUAUUAUAAUUGUACCUAUGUUGUAGAUAUAAUGUAUAAAUUAGUCAAUAUAUUAUUUUAAACUGUUUUCUACUAAUAAAAUUAUAAGCACAAA